UGUGCUCUUCGAAGAGUAAGAUCGAUCCAGUCAUUCGAAGUAAAUUUGGUUGCCAAAAUGUCUGAAGUGAUUGAAAUGAUAAUGAUCCUUAUCAUAGUGACACUCUGUUUCCUCAUGAUACCAUUCAACCUGCAACCAAACUCCGUAAUCGAAGCCCGUAAGAAGUUCGACACUUUCAUAAAACUGUACGACAAACCGUACCGUUACAACGUCCGUGAGUAUGAUCACCGGUUCCAAAUUUUCCGAUCGUCGCUGAAUAAAAUAACUUCCCUGAAUGCACGUCGCUCGCAAAAUGAUACGGCCAUCUACGGCAUCACCCAGUACGCAGAUUUGACCGAUCAGGAGUUUCUCUACAUGAACUUGGCUGACCUAAAGCAUAAAACUGUUUCUGAAAAAACUGGCAACAUUGUUGUAAAUAUUCUGGAUAAGUUCCUCAUAGAAUCUAAAAGCGAGGAAAUGAAAAACGACAUAAUUUUCUCCCGCGCCAAACGGGACCUUCAAAUUCCGGACAAUCUUCCGAGGGCAGUUGAUUGGCGAGAUAAGGGAGUAGUAUCGCCGGUGAGAUCACAAGGAAAAUGUGGUGCCUGCUGGGCGAUCAGCGUGGUGGACACAAUCUCGUCCAUGUCGGCAAUCAAACGGCACCAGAAUUACUCUGAACUUUGUCUCGAUCAGGUGAUCAACUGCGCUAGGAAUGGGAACUACGGUUGCGAUGGGGGUGACACCUGCCGUCUAUUGGAGUGGUUGAAAGCAGAAAAUAUCAUGAUCAAUACGAUGCAGCAAUGUCAAGCAUUGGAAUCUGGAAAAAAUGGUUCAACAUGCACAUUUAAGAAAGCGGAAAAAGGAGAUUUUCUAUGGUUGGAUCAAUUUUCAUGUGUUAGUCUGGUGGAUCGAGAACAUCUGAUGCUGCGCUAUCUGGCAACGCAAGGCCCGAUGGUGGCCGCCGUGAAUGCCGCCUCGUGGAAGUAUUAUCUGGGCGGCAUAAUCCAGUACCACUGCGAGGGAUCGUACGAGGACCUGAACCACGCGGUCGAAAUCGUUGGCUACAAUCUGGAGGGAAAGAUUCCCUAUUACCUGGUGAAAAAUUCAUGGGGACCGAAGUUCGGCGAUCGGGGCUACAUCAAGAUACAGGUGGGGAAGAACCUGUGCGGGAUUGCCAAUCGGGUUUCUUUCAUAAAGCUCGCUUAGAGCAAAAAAUAAAUACAAACGGGGGAGGGUUAAUUCACUCUUGCAUGGCUGCGUUUUAUUUAGAAUUUUUCAGUUUUUUGUUGUGUAUUUUUUCAUUUUUUAUUUGUAUAAUGUGAUCUUUGUGUUAUAUACAGUAGUAUAUGCAUCCGAUAGUUAUUGUGUUGUAUUAGUUUGUUUUUCAGAAAUAUACCCGGUACUUAAUACUUUUUACAAACAGGUUUGAUUUUAUGAGUUUUUUGGACAGGAUUUAAUUAUCAAUGAACUACUGAAAAUGAAGUGUUAUUAUCUGCUGUUAUAUUUGAAAAAUUCUACACAAUUCCUAUUGAAAUUAAAGAUUCAGGAGAAUUCCUAUUUAAACAAGAUUAUUGAGCGAUUUAAAUUCAAUAUUUAUGUUUCAUUAUUUAUUAUCCAAUAGUAAAUGUAAACUAGAGGGACAGCAGUUUGCUUAUGAUUAGAAAUAAUCAAAACAAUAGAAUUUGAUCCGUUUACAACAAAACGCAAAUAAUUUUCAUCAAGGCGCUAUGCACCUUUGUCAUCACGAUAUCCAAUUAUAACAGGGAGUAUUGAAUUAAAAACAUUUAAAAUGUCCUUCAAUUUGUGCAUAAAAUGGAUUAACAUCAAAAAUAUACGAUGAAAACGAAUAUAAAAAUUAAACUUUUUAUGGUUUUAAACAAACAGUUGUUAGGCGGAUUCACCAAGUUGAUUGAAAAAAUAGGGAUGUGUGUAACAAAAAAAACUUUUGACUCGUCAAUUUGAAUACCGAUGUUAAUUUUUAGCUGAAAAUAAAAGAGCUUUUUUUGCGAAAAUAUGAAGAAAACAAUAACACGUGAAAAUUCUGACGAUACUAGGUGGAGAUUCAUAAGCAAUUUUUAAAUGGGUCUUCUGGAAUAACUUCUUGUUCUCGGCUUGGAAAUCAGCUAAAGCAAUCCCAAUCAAGCCUUUCGGAUGUCGAUACUUCUAGCAAUGACCGAUGUGGCCAACUACUUUGGCUUAACACUUGCCGAGAAUCCAACAGCUGAGAUCUCGGCAAUGCUUUCGGCUAAUCUCGUUUAAAAUGUAGGGUACUUGUUACCGAAAACGCGGAAAAAACAUUUUUAAGUUAAUUGAUCCACAAGAUUGGCUUUUUCGGUAAUUUUUAAGGUGAAACUGUCCAGAACUAGAAAAAAAUGCCUCGCAUUUUCAAAGGCACUAACCUCAACAAAGAAGCAACGAAUGAUUGUCAUAUUUUUAUUUUAGCUUU